AUGAUGGAAACUGCUGAGGAGCAGUACAGACAGCAAAUCGGUGGUGGUUCAACGCCGAUUCCUAUGCCGUCCGGCGAUAAGCAUUUCGAUCCAGCUAAGAGCGCUACGCUGAAGCUGUUAAAGGUAUAAAA